CGUGGUGUACCGUUUGAAUUCCCCACUAUAUUACUUAGACUACUGAGCUCGCCUCGUCGAGCAGGUGGUCGUACGAACAAGAUGAAUUCAAAUACUUACUCAAAUAACAAUUAUAAAUCAAACGAAAGGGCUUUGGCCGAUCUAUUGGGUCAGUUGGUGAGGGGUAGAAACAACUCGCCACCUGGCUACAGUAGAGGGAGAUUAGGAGGUAGUGGCGGCGUUGGCGGACCCAUAAAUAAUUAUGGAGGUCCAUCUAUGGGACCGAAUGGUGGUGGAAGUGGCGGUGGUGGGGGUUUAGGCUCUUGGGGCGUAAAUGCACCGAAUGAUUGGAAUCAAGGUGGCAGUAGUGGUAGUGGUGGUUACGGAAAUAGUGGACGUGGAGGUGGUGGCGGUGGCUACGGAAAUAGUGGGAGUGGUGGUAGUGUUAGUGGCAAUAUGAUGUCAUUAAUGCAACGUGGUGGGGGUGAUGGUGGUGGCUUUGGUGGUAUGCCACAAGGAGGUGGCAUGAACGAUGGCUACGGUGGCAUGCCACAAGGCGGUGGUAUGAACAACAAUUUUGGUGGCAUGCAACAGGGCAGCAAUUAUAUGGGUAUGUCCGGAGGUAAUCAAGGUGGUUUCGGUGGGAUGUCAUCAAAUAGGGGAAUGAACAAUGGUGGUUUUGGCGGCGGCGGUGGUGGGGGUAGUAGCUUUCCACAAAAUAAUAAUUUUGGUGGGGAUGGGUUUGAUAAUUGUCCGCCACCUCCAUCUGGUCGCUCACGUGGCACGUGGGUUAGUGGAGCUGCUAAUCGUAGUAACCGCAAUGUGACGUCGCAAUCAUUGCGCAAUUCAAGCCGCUCAUCGAGUUCAACGCAUGACAGACGAAACUUAGGUGGUUCGAAAACGUCACUUUCAUCGAAAGGUAGUCGCAGCGGUGGUGCCUCAACUUCAGGUAAUGCUUCAAAACCUGUACAGGCACUGAAACGUAAAGCGCCACCAAAUUCCGCUCCGCCUGCAAAAUUAAGUACCAAUGCAAAUAAUGAUAAACGAAAAUCCGCUCAAGCAAAUCAAACAACCGCUCAAGCAAAUAAACCAUCCGCUGAAGCAAAUAAAACAUCCGCUGUCGGUCCUAGAACGGUGCUGACAUCAACUGGUGGUCGUUGGUACCAACAUUUCGUAUCAAAAGGCAUGAAACCAAACGAUGCCAAAAAGAAGGCUUUAGAAAAUAACAAUAAGCCAUUUACGGCAGGAGCUGAAAGGGCGGCAGCGGCAAAAAGGGUCAGAAGACCAUUCCCCCCACCCGCGGAUACGUAUAUACGACUUGCGAUUUUCGCAAAGGGUUUUCCCGAAGUUAUAUUGGAAAUCGAUGAUCUAUCAGCCCUCGAAGAACGGAUCGUCGAUGAGGUUGCCAAUAGUAGCACCGAAUCAAAAUUGCAAUUUGAAAGGUUACUUCGGAAACCGGGCAUGAUGGUUGUUGAUUGCGCAAAUCAGAAAACCGCAGAUUGGCUGAUAGACACUAUUCCCAAAUUGAAUUGGGAAAGUACUGAAUUGGCAAUUUGUUAUGAAGAAGACAUUCCAGACGCAUACAUAAUGACCCUCUCGUUGCCAAGAAGUGCUGGCCAAGAUUACGAUCAGACGUUGUCUUUAAUUCAGUCACAAAAUACCGAUUUGACCACCGAUUCAUGGGAAUGGGUACAGGAGCGUGAAGAUGGUGAUAGAUCAAUUCUUACCAUCCGUGUUGAUAAGGAAUCACACGCUGCAAUUAAAGAAAAGAAGUGGAAAAUAUUUUACAAAUUCGGUUUAGUAGAAGUAAAUUUUGCCCGCUAUAUACGCUUUGCUAUAAGUAAACGCUCGAAUGAAGAAGGUGGCGUCGAGAAAGCUAAGGUUAAAGAAGAAAAGUCAGUUAGUGGAGACGAUAAAGAAACAAAAGCGGAAAGGACUAACGAAAAGCAACCUUCUCCGCCACCCGCUCCAAUAAUCAGCAAAUGAAUUUAAAAUGUAUGCGGUAUCUGCAUCUAAUAUAUAACACUCUCCUUAGUUCAAGUCAAAAAAUCCUUUCGAAACAAUUGACCAUGUUCGACAGAUUUGAUAAUGGUUGGAUGCUUGAAAGUGGCCGUUGGCGAUAUACAAAGCUAACUUCUUCAACAAAUAAUAGUAAGAAACUUCCUUUAUCAAUCGAAUUCAUAACGGAUACUCAUACAGGAAAAUCGUGCCGUACAUUAAAAGUAUAACAUACGGCGAUGACUGAAUCCUGUUGUCCGUGUGUAACGUCAAUUGUUUUGGAAAUGCUAGAUCAAGUAAAUAUUUUCUAAUUUAUUUCAAUUCUCAAAUACAUAAAAAUUGUAAGAUUUAUUUAUGUAAAGCUGCUUGGCCAGCCCUUGAUACAUUAUGAAAAGUUGUAUUACCGUCAGCAUCAAUAAAAUUCUACUAGAUGGCGAUUUGAAUGAGCCCCUCUUAAAA